GCUGCUGCCCACAGCUGCCCAUUGCCGCCGCGACCACCGCCGCUGCUGCUACUGCUGCUCCUGCUACUACUGCUGCUGCUCCAUCGCUGCCCACAGCUUCUUGGGCAAACCCCCUCUUCCCCGUGAGAGGAGGGGGGGUCGACUAGUGAGGGUGGUGGAGCGUUGUCCACCGCUGGAGGCUGAAUGAGGUUUGCAUCGUCUAGGCAGCAGGAGCGAAACGUCGCGUUUUGUCUGCGCCGAGGCAUGGGCGGACCUCGGGCACAGAGCGAUUGAAGGUGGUGGACGUGGUGGUGGACGUGAGCCAGGCCUAGUGUCUGUGGGGGGCACACCGCCCCCCGCAACAAAAACAGCCACAAAACCAUCGACGAAUCCAGCCUGGCCCGCGACUUCACCAACCGGAACACGAGGAGGCCGGUCCCGUGGCGUCGGACACCACCACCACCACCACCCCCCCCACGCCUCGGUUCUCGUCUCUGCCCCCCCCCCGGGGUGACGGCAGAAGGCCGAGGCUGCUGGCGCUGCCGUAGCGAGUCGGUGAGGAGGGGGGGCCAUGUCGGAGUCGCUGGCGCAAGACAACGGCUGGGGUGGGGGGCCGCCGGCGGGGGGCGCAGGGGAGGGGGGCCCGGCCGUCGUGCCCCCCGAACGCUACGAUGCCAACCGGGCCAAGACAGCCGCCAGCCUCGCCUGGCUCCUCGGCAAGGCGUACGGCGCUGACCAUGUGCCGGAGCACUUGCGUGACCCCUUCUACACGGACCAGUACGAGCAGGAGCACAUCAAGCCUCCCGUGACGCGCCUGCUGCUCACCGGGGAGCUCUACUCUCAGGUUUGCCUGCUGGUGAUGCGCGGGGGCGGUGGCGGUGGCGGCGGCGGCGACAGGGGCCCCACCGCGGGUCCCGGCGGGGGCCACGGGGCCGUUGUGCGGGCUCUGGCUGACAAGGGCCUUCACGUGGUGGGCGGCGGUUCUGGGGAGACCCCCAUCACGGAGGAUGACCUGGCGCACACGCCCAUCAACAUGGUGGCUCACCUGGCUCUGAUGGACGCGCUGAUGAUGGCGGUGGCGGUGGAGAUGAUGAGCGUGGAGCGCGUGGUGGCGGCCGUGCAGCGCUUCUCCACGUUCUCCGCCUCGCAGGAGCUGCCCUACGGCCUGGAAGACGCCAUGCUCUUCUGGAUCAACAAGGUGAACAUGAAGAUGCGCGAGAUUGUGGAGGCUGAGUGGAAACUGCGACAGAGAUCGGAGUCGCCUGCCCACCACAAGGUAACGGCUCGCCGGAGACGUGCCAGUCGUCGCCAAACACCGUGCGGGAUGGGUACACCCAACGCCGACGCCACUGCCGCCAUCCC